AUGAUUUUUAUCAACUCUCCAUCCCAUGGAAAUGAUACUCAAUUCAAUGCAAGCUUCAGCUCUCCAGCUCAGAGGUCCUCCAUUAGAUCCGACUCGUUUUCUAUGAGCUUCUCUAACAACCUGAAAAGACCCUUAAUUAACCAAUCCCCUCAAAAUAUUCUUCAGAGCACCAAUAUGCACCAUAGCAAUUCCACAACUACAAGGAUAAAGGACCUGGUAUUCUCUCCCAUGGAAAAGGAAAAUAUACCCAAUACAUCAUCCAAUUUAGCCUAUAAAUCAUUAACGUUUAGUGGAAGUCCAACAUUAUCUAGAAAAUCGUCAUUUAAGAGGCAUUUACGCAAGAGAUCUUCCUCUAUUUUUCAUAGUGGAGGGAAUCAUCAUCAUCACCAUAGUCGCAAUAGCAGUACUGGUACUCUGAACUGGAGAAACCACAAACAUACCCAAAGCAAUCCAGUUAAUAAUUUAACGUCCUUGAAGAAUAAGAAAUCAAAUUCCUCAAUCGACAAAUCUAUAUUCCAUUUUCUCUCAUCAAAGGCAAGUAUUGAUUCACUACUUAAUUUUAAUAAUGAUUCAAGCUCGAUGGCAAAGACUAACAAACAAUCUAAGGAUCAUUUGAAAACUCCUUUGUUUUUACAUACUAAUACAAACAUUUCGGAACCUCAAUCAAGUCGUAGUGAAUUGGACUCCUAUUAUUCAACAGACGAUGAUCUUGAUGAGAACGCAGAUGCUGUGAACCUAUCGACAAUACUUUGUAAUUUCGAUGAUGAGGACCACAACGAAGAUGAUAUGUAUGCAGAACACAACGAAGAUAUGGGAGAAGAUGGUGAUACAGCUAAUUUGGAUUUAGAUUUUGGUUCGCCUCUUCAGAGGAGGAAGAAGAACAAGUCAAUCAUUCAACAAUCAAGAAAUAAUCAAUUAAAGCUACAACGCCAUCAAUCUCUGACGCAAUUUAGCCCUAACAAUAAUUCUUUGAGUUACAAGUUUGAUACGGAUCAGCUAACUUCAAAUAUCAACGGAUUAUCUGUCAACAGCGAUGAUGACGACUUCAAUUUGAAUGGUAACUCGGUUCUCAAUGAUGUACCAUUUCAAUAUUUUUAUGCCGGAAACAAUAAGAUUCCAAGAAUCAACGUUGAUGAAUUCAAAAAAAUUCUAACAGAUUACGAGAGUAGAUUCAAUAAUACAGACAAGAAAUUCUGCAAGCACUUUGAUGACUUAAUGAUAGUUGAUUGUCGUUUUAAAUUUGAAUUUGAUGGCGGCCAUAUAAAAGGUGCGAUUAAUAUCUCCUCUUUCGAAGAAAUGGAAAAUGUCUUCUUCAAUGAUUUCGUGUUGAAUAAAAGUCCAAUUGAGCUAAAUAAUAAAUCUAGAAAGCUUCUAAUAUUUCAUUGCGAAUUUUCAUCUCACAGAGGCCCAAUCAAGGCAGACCAACUAAGGUACUUUGACAGAAGUAUAAGUGGUGAUUUCUAUCCAAAUCUGUACUAUCCGAAUGUUCUAGUCUUGGAAGGUGGAUAUAAGGAUUAUUAUGAAUCCGAGAGAAAACUACAUAAAACAUUAAGUUACAUUGAAAUGGACCACCCCCUAUAUAAAGAUGAGCGUGAUAGAAAUAUGAAUCUAUUAAGAAGAGAGAAUAGUCUAUCAAGGGUAAAUUCAAGAAGCUCUUCAUGCUUAAGCUUAUCUAGGAAAAAUUCACACUCUUCGAUCAAAUCAAUGAAUUCAUCGAAUUUGUUGGACUUUUCCUCAGUUAAUAAAAUCGAUAAUACAGGAAACACUAGCCAACCUUUGAAAAACAGACUAAACAAAAAAUUUUAUGGUCAUAAAAUCGAUACAUCACUGAAUGAUCCAGGAUCUCUUGAUCUGGUUACCCCAACGGAUGACGGUAUUUUUGGAGGUUUCGGCAACCAAGAUGUCGAUCUAGAUAGCUUAAUUGACUUUCCCGAUGAAUUUGAUGAAAAUGAUCAAAUUGAUAGUGUAGAUUCUCAAUUCAUCAAUAAUAGCAACGGUAACAACAACAUGACUGCCAACAGCAACAAUCACAACAGCUCUAACAAAAUAGAUGGUUUCAAAAUUCCAUUACCUAAACCUUAUGUUAAUCGUAGAAAUACUUUACAUUCAAGAAGCAAAACAGUCUCAACUUUUUCGUUCCAUAAUAAUUCUGGUUUUAGGAGUGCACCUUUGUUGAGCACACCAGAGAGAGUCGAGGCCAAAUUCGGCGAUUCUUUAUUCAAACACAAUGAUUCAAGUGUUUAUAGCGUUAAAGAGUCCAAUGAGGAAUCAGAUGAAAAUGAUUCAGGGUAUGUCUCAAUUUAUUCACAGAAAUACACAGCAAAACAUAAUAUUGAUACCCCAAUGCCUAAAAGGAAGUACUGA